AUGGUCGCAUCAAGGUCUCCCAUGGGCAGAAAUUCAAUUCCAAGCGCCGGAAAAUCGCCAAUGUCACAACGAUCACAACCAGAUGCAUCAGAUAGAGUCACCUCAUCCCUGAUAUCGCAGCUAGCCAUAGGAGCUUUGAAAUUGCGACUCCACAGUCAAACACACGUUGCUUGUGAUGUAAUGGCGAGCCCCUCUACGGUUCUUCGUGGCCAAAUCGGUCCGGUUACAGUACAGGGACGAGGAUGGGGAAGCCGUCUUGGUUUGACAUGCCGUGUCAUAGAAGCAACUGUCGAUCAAUGCGAACUUGAUAUGGGUCGUGUUGUUGCCAAUCGAAAACUCGUUCUGACGGUUCCUGCCGAAGGACGAGCAAUGGUUGCGUUGAAUGCAGUUGAUUUUGGGAACUUUAUUACGCACCCAUUGAUGAAGCCGCCUGGCAUUGUUGGAAGUGCCUCAGAGGAUGACAAUCGACUGGAAUUUAUGAAAGAGAAUGUGUCGCUAGAUCCAAAGAAAGGGGUUGUAACAUUUUUUGGAAAAUAUAUGGGGCAAACAUGGCAAUUCACGCUGCAACGAGGAUCGGACGAACAGAAGGCUUUGAUCAAGGCAACUCUACAGAAGUCGUCGGAGAGUGACACGUGCACUGAUUGGGAAAAUGUAGCUCGUCAGUUGGCAGCGCUAACCUCAAAAUUCUUCAACGAGAUGGUGUUCGAACUUGAUGGAACUUUCUUGUCUUUUUCAGAUAUGAUGCUAACAGACAAGGGGAACGAGCCAACCAUCAUGCUAUCUCUAGGGAUCUUGGUGAAGAAGUUCCCAUCACCAGGGUUGGAAUUCUGA